AUGAUGGAUGCGUUCAGGACGCUCAACCCGAGUGGCCGCGAAUACACCUUCUAUGCGGGGGCGACGAAAUCGAGUUCCAGGAUUGACCGCAUCUUAGUAUCAACGGAGCUGCUCCCCUCGGUAGUGGAGGCGGUUCACACCCGCUCACUAAGGGGCAUCUCGGAUCACAAGUGUGGCAUCAAGGUGGUGCUGCAGGCGAGUCUGAGGCUUCACAUGGGUCCAGGCAUCUGGCGGCUACCAUCUGCAGACACGGUGAAACCGGGGGUGGAGAAGGUGAUUAAAGCGGUCACUGAAAGGCAUCAUGCGGAAGCUUCGCGCAAUUUUGGUGGCCUCCUCACCAAGCUCAAGGCCGCGCUAAGGUGUUACGCGGCGGAAGAACGGAAACGGGUGCGAGCGACUUUGCGGCACCUGGAGCUUGCAGUUUCCGAUAUGCAGCAGGAACUGAUGAGGAACCCCCAGCGGGACGACCUCCGGGGGACACUGGCGGAGAAGGAGUCGCAGCUUGCGGCGUAUCUGAAAGGGGAAAACGACAGGCUCCACCUCUUGGCGGGAGUGAAGGAGGAAACGAAGGGGGUGGAGCAGAGAGGCAUGAGGGGCAUUCUGGAAGCCGCCUCCCAUUUCUAUGCGGACCUGUUCGCGAAGGCUCCCCCGUCGGGCCUGCCUUGCUGGAAGCCGGACCCUCUGAAAACAUUGCGGGAUCGGGAGAAAAUGGAGUUAGAGGCGGACUCGACGGAAGAUGAAGUAAGAAAGGCAUUAAAGGAAAUGGCGUGUGACAAGUCACCGGGCGGUGACGGCCUACCGAAGGAGCUCUUCGAGCGCCACUGGGACCUGCUGAGGGAAGACUUCAUGGGCUUCGUUAAGCAGUUUGAAUCCUCGGCGGUUCUUCCGGAGGAAGUGCAGGAGGCGGUAACAGUUCUGCUGCAUAAGAAGGGGCCAAGAGAGCAGGUGCAGAAUUACCGGCCGAUCACCUUGCUGUCAAGCUGCUACAAGGUGGUCGCGAAGCUGCUGGCCAAUCGCAUGAAACGAGUGCUGGGCACGGUCAUCUCAGAGGAGCAGCACGGGUUCUUACCAGGCAGGCGGCUCUCGGAUGCUGUAUCGACAGUUGCUGACGUGAUAGAAGCUGCGAAUAACGACAGGGAGGACUGGUAA